AUAUAUUUCAUAAAUUGGACAUUAUUAAUAUUUAUAGCAUUUUUCAUUGGCAAAAACUUUCUGGCACUAACAGCACUGAAUGCUUAAAGUGUAUAAAACUCAUUGUUACUUAAUGCUGCUAGUGUCAGCAAGUUUUUGCCAAUGGAGAUGCUAUUUAGUUCUAAGUAUUUUAAAUCGGAUAAUUAGUCGAAGCACAAGCAGGUCAGGUCAGAAUGUCAGAUUAGUCUUCUUCCUUUGUCCGGUCUCUGUGAAAUGCUUGAUGAUCCCGCGGACGAGACAUACAGGAAACCACGUCGCCUCAGGAACACACCGCUACAGAAAUAUGUUCGACUCAUAUCGCUCGCCAUAACCCUCUGUUACGCUGGAGCAAUGUAUAUUUCCUGGAGAAAAAAUGUCAGACCUUUUUUAAAUGACGAAAAAUACAUAGCCAGCCAACUUUCCGAGGAUCAGCAGGCUAUGCUACAAGAUUAUGCUGAAUUUCCAUUUUUGAGAGGUACUAUUGAGAAGCUAAUUGAGAGACAGCAAGUUAGAGAAAAAGCAGAAGUCGAAUCAAAGGAUACACAAAUUAACGGCGAUACGCAGAGUACAGUUUAAACAACAGAACAUUUGUAACACAUAUAACAAUAAUGAACGUUGAAAAGGAUGAAUUCUGUAAGCCUAUUAAUCCAGAAAGAAGAUUGAGAUUAAGGAAAAAUGAUAAAGAAAGUGUAGAUAAGAAGGCUUGUCUUUCUGAUAAUUUUGAUAAUGAAAGCAAAAAAAUUGAUACUACAUCCCAAUCCUCACAUGACGAUGAUGACAGUAUAUUGGAUUUUAAAUCGCCCAAAAGACUACAUUCCAUGCAGUCGAAAAUUAUUAACAGUAACAAACUUCCAAAUAAAUGCAAGAAAAAUGUACUCCACUCUAAACCUAAAAUUAUUAAUAAUGAAAAGAAAUCCAAAAGCCAAAGAACAUCACAAAAUAAAAAGAUUGUUCAUAAUGUACAACAGCCAUUGAUUGAAUCAUCUUUCUUCAAAUCUGAAAAGAAAGAAGUAGAGUCACCACAGAGUUCAGCUGAUGUGAAAACAGCUUAUGUAUGCCCAUUGUGUUUUAAAAAUUUUAAAGAUGAAAGUUUACAAACUGUACAUAUGAAGAGUUGUGCUACGAAAAAUAAUAUAUCAACGGAAAAGUUAAUGAACGCAGUGGAACUGCAAGAACGACAAGCCGCAGAAAGAAAAUCGUUGGGACUACUCUCUGCACCUAUAUUGCAAGACAAGAAGAAACCUGCUCCACGUAAAAUGACAUCGCAGGAUGAUCCUGAUCUCCAACUUGCUUUAGCGCUUUCUAAAUCUCUAUAUGAGAAAGAGGAAAUGAAACAAUGGGAUGAAGCUCAAAUUGUGGCUAUAUCCUCAAAUUCAUCAGUGCCAGAUAAUAAUGUGGAAUGUCCUCCGAAAAUGACGUUGCAAAGUUUUGGGUUUAGUAGCAAUAGAAAUACAUUACCGACAAAUAAUUGGCCCAAUAAAUCCAAGAAAAAAAAGCCUAUUGAACCAACUAUUUUGCAAAGACGAACAGCUGCAGAAAGAGAACGUAUCUUAACAGAGAGGAUAGCUGAGAUACUUAUGGGAUGUAAAGAUUUUACUCAAAGAUCUCAAGAAAAAAUGGAAAAAACUAUUGACGAUAAAGAAAAAAUUAUUAUAAAAAGUCAAUUACUUGAACGGUUACAUCAAAUUGAGAAUACAUUAUGGGACAGGACGAAAUUAACUCAAACUCAAAAUAUGUUUUAUGUUAAAGAAUUAUCAUCUCAAAUAACACCAUUAGAAAAGAAGGAACACAAAUUAAAUGAAGAGCGGAAUGUUAUGGAACUGAAUGUAAGCAUUGAAAAAUCUUUAGGUAAUGAACAAAUGCAGGAAAUAAACGAAGUACAAACUGUUAAAACUACAAAUAAUGAGAAACUAUUAACACUCUCUUCAAGUACAGUAAACGAAUGUUGCAAAGAAAAGAAAUUUCUUGACGAUCUAGCAACAAGUUGGAGAAAUAUGCUUAAUAAUAGUUCUGCAAGUGACGUUAUUGUGUUCGUGAAAAAUGGUAGACACAUAUGGACGCAUAAAUUGGUUUUUUAUACACGUUGUACAAAUAUUUUACUUGAUGUAAGUGCCAACGACACCGAAUUCUCUAUUGCAAAAGAAAAGAUUUGUUGGCUUGAUGCAGACUAUGAUGUUGCCUUGGCCUUUCUAGAAUUUGUUUAUUGUGGGGUAAUCGAUAAAUAUUCGAAAGUAUUUGAUUCUGAGACAUCUUUAUCUGGUGUUAGAAUUUUAGGAAGAAAAUACAAAAUUAAUGAUUUGUUUGUUUAUUUGCGCCAAAAGAAAUCUAAUAUAGCAGAAAUUAAAUAUGAUCAUAAUACUUAUGAAAAAAGUACAGGUGUACAUUCAAAUAGAGAAACGACUUUAAAUUUAUCAAAAUUUGAUCAAUCUUGCAAUACAUCAUUGAAUUAUACACACAAUGUGGAAAAUAUUCCGUGUUCUCAAAAAGUGUUAUUAAAGAAGGAUAUUAAUGAUGAUUUACAUUCAACUGAAAACAAUUAUACAUUUGCAAAGGACUUGUGCGUUUUGCAAGACGAAAAAAAUACUUCAUUGAAUUUAUUGGAAAAAAUUAAUUCUAGAACCAAUACUCCUACAAAAUUGGAAACUAGUGCAUCCCCUGACAUGUUUGAUGACACGCCGGUAACGCAAUACAACGAUAAAUUUACAUCACAUCCAAAAGAUCUUGAAGAUUCUAAUAUUCAUAUAUUACUGAAUUUGAUCGAACAAGAUGCGGAUAUUGAUAUUUAUAGUCAAAAAGUAUCAACUGCAAAAUCUCAGAACGCAGAACAUUUAGAAUUAGACAAAGAUAUAUCUACUUGUUUGAAAAAUGUAAAACAAGAUAUAAUGGAAAUUGAUCCAGAUCUCGAAUCAAAUUCCCUGAAAUGUUCUGUCGGCAAUAAAGAUUCUUUAAUUGAUACUCCUCACAGUAUUAAAUCGAAAUGUAGCCAAGAUCAUUCUUCGAAGAUAAUAAAACAGAAAAGUAAUCUUUCAUUAUUUAUUGAACAAAUCCAGAAGGAAAAUGCCAAAUUGAAUGCGGAAUUAAAUUCUGAAGCGGAAUAUCCUUUACAAAUAUCUCCUGUAAGACAGAAAAAUUCAUUUUAUGUAAAUAUACGUGAUAACUCUGAAUUUCAACUUCAUGACAAUAAUGUUGAACAACCAAUCAAUAUGAAAAAAAAGCCAGGUAGAUUAACUAUAAUAGAGCAGCGUAUGCGAUCAUAUUCUGCCAAAAAUCCAGAAUUUUAUUCUGGAUUUUAUCCUAAUAAAUAUGUAGAAGAUGUUGAACAGAUUAAUAAUUCAUAUAUAGAUUCUUCAUCACCUAAGAAAAUAAUAGAACCUUUCCAUAAUAAUACAUUGAAUUAUACACAAAAUUUUACUUUACUAAAUGAAGCACCCAAGAAGCACGUAAACAUUUCAGAACAAGUAACAACUGUAUCAGCAGUAUGUUCACAACACACUGAAACAAAGAAUCAAUCGUUCAAUGAAACCAACUUUGAUUUAGAAACAGAUGAAAAAGAGAUUUCUAUGUAUUCUAAAUAUAUAAGAGAUCACAAAGACAAUAGCAUAGCAAAAUAUCGUCCAACAAUAAGUAGAAAUAAAUCUGACAGUAAUCUGUCUAAUAAAAGUACAUCAUCUGAUUCUAUCAAUGAAGAUAGUAACUUUGAUCAGGCUGAGAAAGAUGAAAUUUUGACUCGGUCUGUUUUAACACAAAAAGAUGAAAAUAUAAUUUUUUCAGAGACAGAGGUUGAAAGUAUAUCUUCCCAUGUUAGCUACAUUUCAGAAAACGAUGACUCUAAUCAUGAAAAUAUUAUGUCUCAUUCUCUGCAACAGUCUAGAAAAGAAGAGACAGAAGAUAAUAUACAGGAUAUAGAAGACAGCAAUCAAUUGCUCGAAGUUAAAAAAUUUUCAGAAGCAGUAACAAAAUCGGAAGAAAAGGGGAUUAAUAGUGCAAAUAAAUCAAAUCGAGAUAAAUUAAAUAUCACAGAUGUAACGUCUAUAACACAAAAAUCUAGCUUAAAUGAGUUAAAUAAUGACCAGGAAAUAGAAUCUAUUCUAAGUCCGAUCACAGUGUCUUCCAGUCCAGAUUUUUUAAAUAAUGAAAGCUGCAAUUCAGUUCAAAAUAUGAGAAGUUUGCUUGAAGAUGAACUUUGUGCUGAUUAUGUAUCAAAAACAGAUGCUUGUAAAUUAAAAAAUUUUUCUCUUAAUUUUGAAAACGAUAUAUAUAUUGCAAAUGUGGAUAUUGCUAAAUAUGAGAAACAACACUUUAUGGAGAAGAGUCAAUCAUUUAACACAUUAAGUACGAGAGAAUUAAGGAAUGAUAAUACAUGCAGACGCGAUAAUGAAAGUAAUCAUAAAAAUAAGGGUAAAGAUACAGCAACAGAUAAUAGAAAUUUAAAUGAUAAUGUUAUAACUUUGACUCAAAAUUUUACAAGCAUUAAGAAAUUUAAAAGAAAAUCUUUAUCCGAGGGACAGAUUGAUACAAGUAGAUUGUGCAAUCAAGGAGUUACAUCUGCACAUACAUCCACGCAAUUACAAUGUAAUUAUGUUCAAAACCUUGAAACCGCGAAAGUACCUAAAAUAAUUGAUAAAGAUGUUACACCUCCGCCUGAUUAUAACAAUAUGAAUACUCCUGAAUUACAUAGAGAAAUGAAGAAAUAUGGAUUAAAGGUACAAAAACGUAUCAGAGCUGUAAAAUUGUUAACGCAUAUUUAUAAUGAACUUCAUCCUUUACUACCUGAGAAAACGAUAGGACAGGAAAUUACUGAACUUUCGAGUGAAGACGAAGGUCCUCCACCAAAAAAACGAAACAUGGACGAUAACAAUUUGGAUAAAUUGGAUAUUAUGAAAGACAGUGGUGAUGAAUUGCCUUGUUCUCAAGAUAGCAACGAUAGUAUAAGUUCUGAAAAAGGAACAAGCAAUAAAGAAAUGGAAUUUUAUGAAAGUGUGUCAUUAUCGCCACUAGAGAAGUCAUCAAACAUCACAGAAGCCUUUAUGAGAUUAAUUGAUGUUGAUAAAGAUUUACAUAAUAAAAUAUUAAGAUAUGAACCUGUAAAUAUUGAACAAUUACGUUCUACGUUGCGAACACAUGGAUUUAAAUGCAACCUCUCAAAUCUAAUGAGCUUUCUAGAUCAACAGUGUAUUACAUUUUAUUCACUAGAACAGAACGCAAAGAGCAGAACUCGCAGGAAAUCAUAGUUUAUCCAUAUUUACAUUUAUAAUUUCUUUAUAAUUUGUAAUAACAUCCAUAUACAAGAUGUAAUUAAUGAACAUUAAGAUAAUGUGUAUUUAAGAGAAAAUAUUUAAAUUUUAUACGGUACCAUAUGUAAUAACAAUUUGUUUAAUAAUAUUAUAUUGUAUAUUUGUAAUAAGCUAAUGAGAUAAUAUAAUUUAUAUAUAAGUUAAAAUAUAUAUGGAACUUAACUUCAGUUAAUAAAUAUUAUUCAGUAAAAUUUAAUAACAUUUGUUAAUAUUACUUAUUAAACUUUUGAUCAGUUUUGGAGCAUAAUCGUACAAAUAAUCAACAAAUGAGAAUUUUUUUUCGAAGAAAAUCUGUAAUUCACAAUUUUCUAGAAAGCUUGUUUGAUAAAUUGUGUUUCUAAUAAGGGCCGAUUUCACCAACUCUGGUUACCUUAACCGGCUGAUUAUUCUAUUGGAAUUGACCAAUCGCAUUUGUCAUUAAGCAAAAUUAACAAAUGUGACUGGUCAAUUCCAAUGGAAUAACCGACCGGUUAAGGUAAUCGGAAUUGGUGAAAUCAGCCCUAAAGGGCCACUUGCACCAAACUCUGAUUAACUUAAUCGUUGAUUAGUUCAUUGGAAUUGACCAAUCGCAUUUGUUAAUUUUGUUUAACGACAAAUACGAUUGGUCAAUUCCAAUGGACUAAUCAACGAUUAAGUUAAUCAGAGUUUGGUACAAGUGGCCCUAAUCUCAUUAAAAUAAAUCUGUAAAUUAUUUACAAUUAUUCCGACAUUUCCGAUAGAAGACUUUCUUAUUAAUAUCGUGUUCCUAAACUUAUCAAAACAAACU